UUCACAACCGCUGACCUUUGCAACAGCUAUUCACACAUUGUUACCCCGUGUUACAGAGAACACUAUGGCGAGAAAGCGGACGAGUACAGAAACCUGUGGGGUGCAACUUUCAGUUUGCUAUAAAAAGGUCACACCGAGCAGGAGACCGAGAACCAAACAGUUCAUUUGCUUCUGCACUGGAGCCAUCCUAAAAGCCAUCCCUACCAGUGGAAGUAACGAUCUUGUUUGUCUGGAUGUAACCAUCGCUGAGAUGAUUAGUAAAAGCAGCCUAUCUGGAAAAACCUACUCGGCUGAAUACACCAAGUUCCAAUCAUCUGAAAUAAAAAUUGAAAUUCAGGAUAAACUCAGAAGGACGAUGAUGGUUUGUCUGGACAAGGACUGCAGAAGAAUCUACAAAGAUGUUGUGAGCAUUGAAGUGACCCCCACCUUGGAACCCGGGAGUUGCUUACAAAAACUCCGGACUUUGAGACUCUCCCAGAAUGAAAAUAUCGGACUCACAAAAUACCUGCAACUCCCAAUCAACACCUUUUCUGGUGCCCUGCAGUAGGUGCCCUGCAGCCAACUUUAUUAGAAGUUUAACAUUAAAUUGUGCAACUGAGCAUCAAUCAAGAUGGAAUUCACAUCAGCUAGGAAACGGGAUGAAAAUUCACCAGCAAAGAAUCUGCAAGCAGCAGAGAGAUGAUUUCCUUCAGAACAAAAACUUUUAUCUGGAUGAGCUUUUAUUUGGGUAUUUAAAGGGGUGUCAGUAUUUAUUUCUGCUGCGAGGCUUUCUGUCAAUUGUUUACCAGAGUUUCAACAAAAGUCAGUAAACGUAGGUCAAAAUGGUUUGUCCACCACACACUGAGUUCCAUUGGAACAUUUCCCCCCAUUGGGUUUAUAAGCACAGGCGUACUGUGGACCUGCACUUCACUGGAAAUGCAGGGUAUCUGGCUUUGGGCUUCCCACACUAAAAAAUGUCUCCCUUUUCAGUUGUUGAUGUAAUUUCAUUCGUGCUAUGGGAAAGGAGCGCUGUAAGGUCAGUUCCUGUACUCAGCGUAAGAGCACUAAACACAGCGACAGAAGUGACAUCAGUUUAUUAAUAAUAAUACUCCUUGCAUUUGAUAUAGCGCUUCAACAUGUC